AUGUCUGAGGAGUUACGAGAUCGGCCGACAGUGGCCCCCCAGAGAAGGCCGGGGACUCCGGCCCGGAAGCCCAGCUGGCAGAUCCCGUUCUCUGUGGAGCAUUGCUGGAGAGCUCAUUUAGACCUUAAGAAGGCAUCGGCUUCGAACGUGAAGGACUGCGAAGCUUCGGAAAGGACAGUGGUGGUUGCCGGCCUUCCUGUUGACCUUUUCAGUCAUCAGCAGUUGGCCACCCUGCUCAGGAGUUGCUUCCAGGAUGUGCAGACCGUGGGUGGAGAAGUUGAAGACGUGAUAUAUCCAACAAGAACCACGGCAGAUGCGUAUGUAAUAUUCAAAGAAAAAAAGGUCGCGGAGAAUGUCGUCAGACAGAAGAAAUACCAUCUGGCAAAGAAGGCCGGACACGCCCAGCUCAGAGUCGCGCACUUGAGUGGAAAGGUCUUCAGCUCUGUGAAGGCGGUCCUCGAUCUUUCUGUUUUUCAAAGUCACCCUGUGUUAGAAGGCCUGGUAACGGACCUGAGAAAGAAAAUCCCAAGUGUAAGCUUCAGUCCUCUGGGACGCAGUGGAACAGUCUCCGUGGAAGGAUCAUUUCUGGCUGUCGAGAGGCUCAACGAGGCUUUGCUAUCAAAAGCAAGUUCUCUGUUAGAAAGAAACAAAAAUUUUACCAGGGCGGGGAGAACGCGGGAUAGACGGAGCCCCAAGAAGAGCCUGCAGAGAGGGGGUAACUUGGUGGAGACGCUGAGGGCCUCAGUGCCCGAGACCUUAAGGAGCGGGGAAAUGCUUGUGCUCGACACAGAUGUCUUCCUUUAGAAGCAGAAGUGUAGGGUUUAUGAAGCCACACUCCGCAGGUUCCACAUUCUAAGUCAGGAGAGGGUGGACGGUGAGGUCAGCACCAUUUGGCUGAGAAGCGCCCAGGCUGGUUCUCAGCCGAGCGGCGUACAGUACGUGAGAGAGCUCUUAGAGGCGUGCUCCCAGAGUCUGUCCUUCGAGCUCAGAAAAGAGACCUUUACUUUUGGAGGAGAGAAAGACAGAGAGAAAAGAAAUGUUGAACAGGCGUGCGAACAACUACGUUCAAAAUACAGUAAGGUUCUGGUCAGUUUUUACGGGACACACAUUGACAUUGUAGGAUCAUCUUCUGACACAUACCAGUUUAAAAACGAGGUUAUGAAAUUGGUAAGGCAGAAGGUUAGUUAAGGAAACCUCAGUCAGGGCAGUGACGGCCCCUGCUUUCUCGUCCUGAGCAGCGACCGCCGAGCGUCGUGCUAGCUCCGUGACCAGGAUAUCAUCUCGUCCUCACGGCCGACCGCUGUGAGCGUGGCUGUCUCUGUGUUGAAGAAGGAACUCGGAUUUGGAGAAGUUGAAACUCCUCUCCGAGGUUGUUUAGCUGACAAGGGCGAGGGCUGGGGCUUAACGCAGUCUAACUGCAACGGUAAUAUCCAGAUAAAACGGGAAAAAAUUCACUGAAGUUUGAAGAAAUCUUAUUUUCUCCACAACUUCAAAUUAUUAGAAAAAGAAACAGCCUUAACUUUAAUAUGUAAGCAUUUUGGGUGAUUAUUAUUAUGCCCUGGGUAAUUUUUAACAUUUACAAAGUUUACACUUAUUCCAUAUAGAAUUAGGAUGUUGGCAAAAAUCACUUGGGAAACUACUUAGAAAGUAUUUCUAACGCAUAUCAGUAUUACUCAGCUAAACUCAUUCCAGGGCUAUUGGGUAUGUGAGGCAUUUUUGUUGCUGCUUUUUUUAGCCUCUGUGCUUAUAUAAAAAUGUUAGUUCUCUUGUCAGAAUCUUGAGGACUCUUGAAAGAAAUCUAUAGGAUUGCUAUAACAGAUGCUCCUUCAUUUUUUUUUUUUCCCUUUGGUCU